CGUCUGUACUGUGUGUUCAGGGCGGUGGGGGUGCCGGUACCGAUCCGCGCACGCGUGGCUGCGGGGAGCCCGGUGCAUGGGCAGAGGAGCGGGGGGGUCCCCGUCCCGGUCCGGUCCGUCCGUACGUGGCCGGGGGGCGUCCCGACGGGCGAAGCUGUGCAGGCGCUGCUGCGGCGGCUGCAGGAGCUGCAGGCCGAGCGGGCCGAGGCGUACCGGCUCUUCGAGGAGAGGCUGCUGGGACGGAGCAGCGGCUGUCGGGGCGGCUGAUGAGCUCCAGCUGGCAGGGGGACGCCCGUGCCGGACACCUGUAUCCUAUUUUAGCAUCCGACAGGGGAUGAUAGAAUUCCCGGGAUGCAGGGGCCACCGGGCGUACCUGAGCAGCGCUCCCCACUAUGAUUUCCCCCGUUACCGGCAGCUGGUGCACGAGAUCACGCUGGCCUUCAGCGGCAUCUCCCGGGAGGUGCUGCGCAUCGCCGGGCGCCUGCGGGACCAGCUCGCCCGCCCCGACCUGGCCCAGCACCUCGCCCGCCUGCAGGAGCGGGAGCAGGAGAAGCUGCAGCUGACGGCGCAGCUCCAGCUGGCUCAGCAGCAGGCGCAGGACCAGCCCGAGGUGGACGCCCAUCAGCAGGAGGUGCGGGAGCUCAAGCACAAGCUAAUUAAAACCAUUGAGGCAAUCAGCGAAAUUCUCCAGGACCUCAAGUACGAUUCGGAAGAAGUCGAGUGAUGGGUGUCCCCGUGGGAACGGCUGGAGGGGCCGGCCGGUGGAACGGGGGCCCCGCUCGCCCCCCUGGCUCCCAGCGUAGCCCCCCCGGGCAGCCACGCCACCCCAGCAAGGUGGGCAUCUUCCCUUCCACCCUUUUUCUUGGGCAUGGGCUGGAGGGCAUAGGGACCCCGCUUUGGGGGCAGUGGGGUCCCCCAAAAUCCUGAGCAUCCCUCGGCGGAGGGGUCUGGCGUGGGGCUGGUUCCCCUCCCCAGCUCUGCCAGCCGUGGCGGGGCUUUGCCCAAGGAAAAACCCCAACCCGCAGUGCCAAGGGGCUGCCUUGCUUCCAGCCCCAUUGGGGAUCAAGCCCCGGGGGCAGCACCCCCCCCAAAAUCACCUCUCGGAGAUCAGCUGUGCCCCCAGCCCCAUGACGGCUCCAGUGCCCCACAAG